AGCACGGUUGUAAACCGGAACUGUAGUUAUUGGUACUUUCGUUAUGCCGGAAUGUUUUUGAGGUUGCGCAGAUUACCAGUGUAAGUUUUAGGCAGCAUGAAGAAAGAACAGGUUGUAAACUGUCAGUUUUCUGUUUGGUAUCCUUUAUUCAAGAAACACACUAUUAAGAGCUUGAUUCUACCUAUACCUCAAAAUGUAAUCGAUUAUUUAUUAGAUGACGGGACACUUGUGGUUUCUGGCAGUGAGAACAACAAUUCGCAAACACAGAUCAAUAACAGUGACUCGGAUGAGGAGGACGUUCAGUGGACUGAUGAUGAAACUACAACAGCAGUUACGGCCCCAGAAUUCCCGGAGUUCAACAUAAAGGUGCAAGAGGCAAUAAACGUUCUAGGUGGGUGCGUCUUCCCAAAACUGAACUGGAGUGCCCCUCGGGAUGCUAACUGGAUUGCUCUGAACAGUUCCUUACAGUGUCAGAGUCUAAGCGACAUCUUCCUCCUUUUCAAAAGUUCAGAUUUCAUCACGCAUGACCUCACACAGCCAUUCCUCCAUUGUAGUGAUGAUUCUCCAGACCCAACCAUAAACUAUGAGUUGGUGUUGAGAAAAUGGAGCGAGCUCAUUCCAGGAGCGGAAUUCCGCUGUUUUGUGAAAGAAAACAAAGUAAUUGCGAUCAGUCAGAGAGAUUACACACAGCAUUACCAGCAUGUCGCCAAACAAGAGGCCAGCAUCUCCUCCUCUAUACUGGAAUUCUUUGGAGAUCACAUCCAAUACCAGUUCCCAGAUGAGGACUUCGUCCUGGACUUGUACAGAGAUUGCUCAGGGCGUGUGUGGUUGAUUGACUUCAACCCGUUUGGUGAAGUAACAGACUCUUUGCUUUUCACGUGGGAGGAGCUAACAUCUGGCAAAAAUCUCACAGCCAGUCAAACGCAAGAAGACACGACACUGCAGGACGGACCUGCAUUCCGUUACACCACCAGUGAAGUCACUGUGCAGCCCAGCCCAUGUCUGUCCUACAGAAUCCCACGAGACUUCCUGGACCUGACCACAGGGGAAGAUGCCUAUAAGCUCAUUGAUUUUCUUAAGCUGAAGAAGGGUCAGCAGGAAGAGGAGGAGUCUGAUGAAGAAGGGGAGGAACCUUAGUAGUUUGCUACUGCCUCCCGGAGUUUACUUCCAAUCCUGCUUGAAUAGACCUGCCUGUAUUUUUCAAGUAAAUUGGAAAAUGUUGAUUGGCUACUUCAGGGUUAAAAUUAAAUUGAGGUACCAAACUUUGUAGAAAGCUCUCCUUGCUGUAUAGAAUGGGAUGUGUACUUACCAAUAAAGCCCCUGUCAAAUGCUCAGAUAAUA